GCUUCACUUAGUCCGCAUACAACUCCUUAAUCAAUACACAAAAAGCGAGACAGACUACUUUCACCUGGAAGUUAGCUCCACUUGCAUCUUAAUUACCGCCACAACAUCUCACAGAGUCAUACCAGGUCAUUACGCCGUCGUCCAGGGAUACAAUCACACCGGUCGUAUAUUCGUCCCAGAUCACGCCAUGGAUCUUUCUACAGGCCAGUUUGCCGAAGAGACUCUUGCCUUCUCUCGUAGGCCUACGACACCCAUUGAGAUUCCAUCUCGACGAAAACAGGCUUUGUCUCCGCAUUUGUCGCCCAUUCGGGAUCAAAUGUCCCCAGAGCUACUCUUUGAAAUGUCCCCACUUAUCUCUGAUCUUUCCCCAUCAGCAAACUACCCGCUCAGACCUUCCUCUAUGCACAACUCCAAGGAUCCAGAACCCUACCUAUACCGCUUCCCCGUGUUUUCUCCGCAUCGUUUCAAAUCAAUGCAUCCUUCCCCGCCACCCACUCCUUCCGGCUCUACCUCCACCCGUACUUCCAAGUUUACCUCUGACACUACGUAUAAACCGGACUCGUGGCCUAAACCGCCUACGUUUAUUCCUGGCAACGGCGAGAAUCAAGCAUCUCCUGUGGUAAAGGCGAGCGCGAAACACAAAAUCACAGGUUUCUCACCUGUGUACCCGAGCCCAGUCUCCGAACCUUCUUCUCGCAGGAGACUUGAACGUCUCUCCCCACCCCCAAGAUCGUCUUCGUCAUGGAGCGUCCCCUGCGAUACUGUGCUGGAUGAUCCAGACGCUCUUGAUUCAUCUUCUCCGGGCGCCCUCGACUUUGAUAAAUUCCUGAUCCGCCGCAUCACCGAUAUGCGAAGGCCUUUACUCCGGAGGCCAACCUCCUCCAACUUAAGGGUCGCGCUGCGGUAUUGAUCUUGACCUUCUCCGUUUUCUCAAACAAACAUGGUUGUGGUGAUUUUUAAUUUAUCACUCUGUUCGAGGCUUCAGGAACUGAUGGUGAUUUCCUAUUCAGCGCGCACACCAGUAGACCGCAUCGCCUCAAACCAACUUCUAGCAUUAAUUAUUUGUUCUCUAUCAACAGCAUCAGCAGCCAUCAGUAACCAGCAUAUCUCAUCUCGCAAGUUUUCUUUUCAAUAGUAGUCAUAGCAUGGACCAUUCCGCAAACACAUCAAUCUUCAUGCACGUACAUAUCUCGUAACACUUUACUACUACAAUAGCGUAAUAAUAAUCCGAUUGCAUACAAAAACCAAGUUGUACCUACUCGAUCUUAUCCCUUGUUCCGUGAACAAU